AUGUUUUCCGAAUUUGCAAAAAGCACAUUAUCGCGGCGUGACGAUUCUUCUACAAAUUCAAAUCCUUCGGUAUUUUUUUCUGUGCCUUCGAUUGCAAUAGAUGCUGAUCUUCAAGAAGCCAUACCUUUGCAAGAAUCACGCGAGCUUAGUAGUAUUGACUAUCAAGACGAUUAUCAAGAAACAGAGCAUACAUUGGAAAUUUCACCUGAACCUCCUUAUAAUACUCAUACUCCAGCCUCCAUUUAUCUAGAUGAACAACCUCCUUUGAACAAUAGAAGAAACUCUUUGUCUGAAGGAUUGCUUUCAUCCACUUCUUUACCUCCUCCAUUAGUCUCUACUUCAGGCCAUUCAAGGCAAAAUUAUAAAGACCCUCAUUUCGCAAUUUUAUUUUUGACUGGAAUGGAUUCUCGCACAAUUUCGUUUAUAAUAUUUUACAUUUUUAUGUACUUCUGGGCAUCUGCGGUGUUUAGUAAUAUUCAAAGGGUAACUUUAGCUGGUGUUGUGUCAAAUUGGUAUUUUCACCGGCAUACCUCCGAACGUUUCAGUAGCAAAAUGAUCACCAAAUUGGCGGCUAUCAGAGCAACAACAUCAUCAUUUGGAACAGUAUGUCUUGGAGCUUUAAUACUUUCGACAAUACAAACAAUAAAAUAUAUUGUUUUUCAACUUAAGAAGCGAUCUGGAAGCCGUAUUUUUUCCUGUAUUGCAUGCCUUCAAUGCUUUGAAGUAUUAAUUGAAAACCUCAACAAUUACGCGUUGAUUUAUGUUGGUAUAUCUGGUGCUAAUUUUCGGUCAUCUGCAGAGUUCACGACAAAACUACUUCGUAGAAACUUAAUAUCUGGCCUCAUUACCGACCUUUAUACAAAAUUUAUCUUAUCAAUUGGAUCCUUGCUUAUAUCUUUAAUAUGUGGCUUCGCUACAUUUGUAUACGCUACUCAUUCGCUUGAACCUCGAUAUGGAUAUAUAGUUGGAAUUAUGGCCUCUUUAAUACCAUAUUACAUUUCACAAUUUUACGCUUACAUCAUGAUGAAUACGAUUGACGCACUUUUCUUGUGUUAUGCUCUUGAUCUUGACAACAACACGAAUCAUUGUCAUUUGGCUCAUGCGACAUUUUCUGAGCUUGAAUAA